GAUAUGGCCAUCCCCCAAUGAACUAUCUCCCCUACAUUUGCUAGUAGAAUGUCUUUGAAGGAUGUGACAGGCUUAUGAUGUCACCCUUGUGGGCCGUGCUUGGGAACUCCCUUACAAGUCAGUAAGCAUCAUGUUUCAGAAUCCGUUCUAAAGCUGAAGAAACUGCAGCCAACGACCUGCAGGGAGAAAGCAUUUUCACAGAAUACAGAUCCCUGUCUGGAUUACAAAACCUCAAGAUUCAUUAUUACUUCUUUAACAAUAUUUUUAGAUCGCUUUUUAAAAUAGUUUCAUUCAGAAAAGGCUGCAAACGAGCGGUUUUGCGAACUCCACACAUCUGGUUGAACUCAUCGGACUGCAUCCAGUGGGCUUCACGAUGUGUCAUGUUAUUGUGACCUGUCGCUCGAUGCUAUGGACCAUUCUGAGCAUUGUAGUUGCCUUCGGGGAGCUCAUUGCCUUUAUGAGCGAGGAUUGGUUAAUUGGCAAAGCCAAAAACGGUGAAGUGGACAACAGGACAGGUGGGCACCAAGAAAAUCGCCCGACGCUGGGCAUUUAUGGACGCUGUAUUAAAAUGCCUCAGAUGCAGGACCCUCGGAGAGACACUCUGUGUGGCCCCUACGCAGAACAUUUCAAUGAGAUCGCUAGUGGCUUCUGGCAGGCGACGGCAAUCUUCCUAGCCGUGGGCAUCUCCAUCCUCUGUAUUGUGGCAUUUGUGUCUGUGUUCAGCAUGUGCGUACAGAGCGUCAUGAAGAAAAGCAUAUUCAAUGUCUGUGGGCUGCUACAGGGAAUUGCAGGUCUUUUUCUUAUACUUGGUUUAAUUCUGUACCCUGCUGGAUGGGGUUCCCAGAAGGUUGUUGCAUACUGCGGAAUCUAUGCAUCUGCUUACAAGCUUGGCGAGUGUUCUCUGGGAUGGGGCUUCUACACCGCCAUAGGAGGUACUGUUCUCACCUUCAUCUGCGCGGUCUUCUCGGCGCAGGCAGAAAUUGCCACAUCCAGCGAUAAAGUGCAAGAAGAAAUAGAAGAAGGGAAAAGUCUUAUCUGUCUGCUUUAACCGACAUGAAAUUUCAGACUGCUUGGUAUAAUUUUAAAGAUUUAAUAAAGGGAUCAACUUUGUUUACAUGACCCACACCUCACGUGAAUGGACCUCCAAUGUGUAUUCCCACCAUGUCUUCUGUCUUCAAUUUCGCUUGCGGAAAAAGUCAAAGAAGAUAGAAGCACCUUGGAUGUGUGAGUGGGACACAGACUUGUUUGAAACGCUCUGGACGUGUAAACAGCGUGGAAACAAACGUUUUAUAUAUUACCAGAUUUCUGAUCCUACAGCUAACAAAAGUCACUUUAAGACAAUUUUGUUCCUUAAAAAAGCCAACUUUUACUUUCAGACGUUUCCUAUACCUUCGUUUGAUUUCAUGCCACUGCUUGCAAAAGACAUUGUUUGUUUGAAUUUUCAAUUCUAAAAAGUCUAAGCACAGAUAGUUUCUUGGGAAAUGCCAUGAACCACUAAUUCUUAUGGAAUGUCUGUAAACUGGAAAUAUGGGGUUCUCUGAGGCGGUUUUAAUGUGGUAUAAUGAUUUUUAUAGAAAUUUGAAAAUAUGGAGUGAACCACUACAAAAAAUAGUUUGUGGUGCAGACAUACAGUGUAAUCUGGGGCUAAGGACAGGUGUAGGAUUUUGGUUACAUACAGACAAUUCUGAGGAAAAUAACAUUAACUUUACUUUGUGGGUGAAUUAAAGGCACCCCAUGAUUGCGAAGGAAAUGCUGCAUUUAAAUGCUGCUUCGACUUUUAGAAAUACUGAAACGUCCCCUAACCUUUUCUUAGAGUCCUGUCUGUCUGGAGCGGAUUGUGAUAGCGAUGCAGAACGUCUCUGCAGAGGUCUUUUACAGCAGUGCCAUAAAUUUGACCUCUAAACACAAUCUGUGAU